AUUCAAUACAAGCAAUUUACUCGAAGGAACGAAAAGUCAUUCACUCGUUCCUUCAAAAAGACUUCUAACAAGCUUGUCCAUCGCAAAGGCUCCCCUUUUGUUCCUCAAUUCAUCAUGGCGGCAUCCAUUGUGCUUCCGUUCCUCGUUCUUCUCUUAGCCAGCUCUUCCCUCUCUUUUAAUAUCGAUUUCGUCUACAACGGUUUCAAAUCCGCCACUAAUCUGAGCUUGGAUGGCUCUGCUCGUAUAUCCAAUGAUAUGCUUCAGCUCACCAAUGGCAGUGAGGUGCAGAUUGGCCAUGCCUUCUUCUCCUCACCAAUUCAAAUGCUGCUCAACAAUACUUGCGUCAUGACACCGGCUACAAUCUCCUUCAGCACCAUUUUCGUCUUCGACUUCAUCACCGUUGGGAACAGCGGUGGCCAUGGCUUCGCCUUCGCAGUGGCCCCUACAAAGACUCUCAAUGGCGGUUGCUGCCAUCACCUUGGCCUUCUCAAUGACAGUGAUAAUGGAAAUUCUUCCAACCAUCUCUUUGCAGUCGAGUUUGACACCGCGUACGAUGACGUCGAUAGCAAUCACGUUGGUGUCGACAUAAACAGCCUAGAUUCCAAUUUCUCUGCAAAUGCUUCCUACUACACCAAUGAUUCGAGUAUUGAAAAGAUUGAAUUGGAGGGUGGGCAACCAAUUCAGGCCUGGAUCGACUAUGAUGGUAUUGCAAAAAUUCUGAAUGUGACCAUUGCUCCCCUCUCCAUUAGCAAACCAAGCCGACCUCUCAUAUCAUACGCCAUCGAUCUAUCAUCAAUUUUUAAGGAGUACAUGUAUGUUGGUUUCUCUUCAUCGACGGGGAUUCUCACGAGUUCUCAUUACAUUUUGGGUUGGAGCUUUCGGACCAAUGGAGUUGCAAGCUCCCUUGAUCUAUCUCAUCUACCCAUUCCUCCGCAACCAGCAAAAGCUUCGUCGACUUCCAAAGUCAUUCGAAUCAAAAUUGGUGUCAUAACUUUUCUUGCUACGCUUCUCUUGAUAGCGCUUGGAUUGUCUAUUUUGUGGCACUUUUGGCAGAGGGCAAAGCUUGCAGAGACUCUUGAGGAUUGGGAAUUAGAUUAUCCUCACAGGUUUCCAUACAAGGACCUUUACAGGGCAACAAAAGGAUUCAAAGAGACAGAGGUGCUCGGCUCGGGUGGCUUUGGCCUGGUGUACAAGGGCACCCUUCCACGCACUGGAGAAGAAGUUGCAGUCAAGAGGAUCUCUAGUAAUUCCAGGCAAGGAGUGAGAGAAUUCGUAGCAGAGGUGGCGUGCUUGGGCCGCAUGAGACAUAGGAACUUGGUGCAGCUACAAGGAUGGUGCAAGCGAAACGAAGACCUCCUUCUUGUCUACGAGUUCAUGCCAAAUGGCAGCCUUGACACCUUGCUCUUUGAAGGUGAGAAGCGUAGGCUGUUGAGUUGGGAUGAACGGCUUAAGAUCCUCAAGGGAGUUGCUUCGGGACUCGCCUACCUACAUGAAGAAUGGGAGCAAGUGGUUGUCCACAGAGACAUCAAGUCUAGCAAUGUUCUGUUGGAUACUGAAAUGAAUGGAAGGUUGGGCGACUUCGGUCUUGCUAGAUUAUAUGAGCGUGGCAAGAAGGCUCACACGACGCUUGUGGUUGGAACCUUAGGAUACAUCGCACCAGAAGUGUCGCGCACCGGCAAACCUAUGGCCAGUUCAGAUGUCUUUGCUUAUGGUAUAUUGCUUUUAGAGGUGGCGUGUGGUCGGAGGCCAAUCGAUCCCACCGCUCCAGCGGAACAACUACUUCUGAUGGACUGGGUGAGGGAGUGCAAAAUGAGAGGCCAACUAUUGAAGGUUGUGGAUCCCAAGCUUGGGGGGUCCUAUGUGAAGGAGGAAGUUGAACUGGUACUUAAGCUAGGACUGGUUUGUUCUCAGUCCAUUCCAGAGGUCAGGCCUGCCAUGAGGCAAGUGAUCCAAUAUCUCAACAGGGAUGACAGUCUCGCAGAUAACAUGGCACUUGUGUUCUCAGAAGCUGAUUCUUUUGAUUUGGCAUCACGCAACUCAUAUCUUUCAUCCUUUGAUAUGGUGUCUUCCAGCUCCCUCAGCGGAGGUAGGUAGGUGUGAGAGGGCUCCAUGACCAGUAUGUACAAAGGCUUUCAUGGGUGCUUUCCCCUUUUAGUUAGUUUAUGGCAUCUCGCUUCUGUUGUUGGAUAAAGAGUCUCGAGGAUAGCGGAACAGGUGGGGAUGGAUGAUCCGGUGCGGCAUGUCCAAGUUUACUUUCUCCAUGCCUGGUCUCUAUUUAGCUUUUCGUGUAUCUUUCUUUUUCUUUUUCUUUUUUUUUUUCAGUUGUAAUAAUAGUUGUUUUAAAAAAUUUUAAUGUCACCAUAAGCAUACAUCAUAUCUUUUCCCAGCUAGGGACCCAAUUACU